CUUGUAUUUCCACCUUUUCCCUGUACUCUUCUUCGUUUUCCCGCCCCUCCUUCUCUCUUUACCGUUAACAUCACAUCCACGAUAUCCCCCUUCUCCCCCCCCGCUGUUUCCUCUCCUUCUCCAUCUCCAUCUUUCCUUAGCAACAGCCACACCCCGAUGCUUCAGCUCUGUACACAGACUGCCUUCCCUUUCUGCAAAGCAUGUUGAUGCAAACCCACUUUCAGGAUGAAAGCUGUUUUCAUGUUAGCACUUUGCACUAGUGCGGUUUUUCAUCUGGCUUUAUGUCACUGUGACUCAAUCACAAAUUUGGUGUUUUUUUCUUUGUUUAAGUGCAUGCAUUUGUUGCAUAUGUGCACUCCAAAGAUGCCCAGCUAUCUCUUAAUCAUAAUGAGAGACUGCCUGCCAUGUUUAUUGCAGCCCCAGUAUCCCCUUGCGCCCGUAUUUCUGCAUUUACGGUAGCUUAAUUUGCAAUGGGAGGGAUCAGAGGGCCCCAUACUGUGCUCAUUGUCACUACUGCUCCCUCAGACACCAGGGUAUUAGUGCCGCUCCGCAACCUAAACAUCCAGAAGCUGCCUCCUUGUUGACCCCACCUUGUGCUCUUUGCAGAUAUAAAGCUCUAACUGUCCCACACCCCACCAGGUCUGAGCAGACACUUCAGCUCGGCACUCAUCUAUUUCAUCCUUCAGUGAAGAAAGCGUUUCAAGUCAGGUGACCCAUCCCCUUCCCAGGUUCCCAGCAGGCAGGCAUGGCAGACAGUCAGCAGCCAGAUGACCACUGGGCUUCCCACGGUCAAGAGAAUGGUGAGAACGGCUACACCGCCUACAGCUCUGGCUACAGGGAGAAUGGAUACCAUGGUGGGGCAGCUGCACAUCCUGGGACAACAGUGGAUGACUCAGCCAAUUUGCCUCCCUCCCCUCCCCCUUCUCCAUCCGCUGAGCAGAUUGGGCCCGUGGCACAAGAAGAUAAAGUAGAGGUUGUCAGUCAACAGCAGGAAGAGAAGGAGGCUCCAGAGGAGCGCAGCAUUUACCAGGAGGAAGUGGCAUAUGAGCAGCCAGGACAUUUGCCCUUAGAGCAGACAGAUUAUUUAACAGAGCCCCAGGCUUUGGGCUUCCAGCGAGCCCAGACACCUGAGGUCCUUAAUGGAGGAAGUCAUCAAGGGGAGCACAGCCCAUCACAAAAAGCCCAGCCAGAAGAACGUAUCAGUAAGGCACCCUCUGAGUCUGCUAUAAAAGAAGAUGAACCUCAGGUGGUGUCACCACAUGGGGAGCAGGUGGUUGUUGAAAGAGCAACAUCUGAAGGAGCAGAACUCGCCUUGACUGAACCUCCCCCUCCUUCUCUGAAAGAGAAAGAUCUCUCUGACAACGCCAUAAUAGAGCAGGGUAAUGAAAACAGAAAGGAAGAGGCCACUGAGAGCCACCUGCUUGUAGAGUCCAAACCAAAAGAGGCAAAACAGCAUUCACCGGCAGAAGAGUCCUCGAAACCUAUGACAGAAGACAGACAUGGAAUUGUCUCACCAAGCAAAUCAGGAGCCCCUGUGGAAGAAUUCAAGGAAAAAGUGGGGACAAUUGAAGUAAUAACUAACAAGGGCCAAGAAUGUGGCAGCGACAUUAGAUUGCAUGACAUGCCAUUCACUGGUAUUCCAGAAGUUGAUCCAAAACAAGAAACAGAACCUGCUACAGAGUUGAAGCAAGCAUCAGAUAUUUUUUUAGGGCAUGAGCCAGGGGUAGAAAGUUACUUUGAGACAUCCUCAAAACUCCAAAGAGAGGAGUCAACACCAUCUCAAAGCUAUUAUGAACUCAGCACGGCCGCAGAGACAAAGUUAAGUGGGGAAACUGGACGCUUUAUGAAGAACCUAGAGGAAGACCAGGAGAAGAAAGGCAAGAUAUCCCCUAGUACGGUGUCUUUAGAAGAGCAAAGCUUCUCCUUGAACAUUACUGUUGAGUCCUCAGAGGGACAGGCAGUGAAUGAAAAAAACUCAAGGACCUUCUCAAAAGCUUUGUGUCCAAUCAGUGGAAGUUUUGAUGACUCUGAGAUUUCCCCUUCAACACCAUCUGAGGAAAGCCAUAAACCCACACUAGAUUCCACCGAUUCACCUGAAGAUAUCCACACAAAAGCAGAAACACCUCGACCUUUUGAACAAUCAAGCAGCUUCUCUGAGAUGUUGGACCUGGCUGGAGCGCUGCCUCUUCCCUCACUAGAGAGAAGAGAAGUUGAUCACAUGAGGCGAAAGUCAGUGCCCGCUGAUGUAUCAGCUCUGGUGGGAAGUUCUUUGUCCAAGCUCACCUUGAGAGAUCAGACCACGAGAGUGGUGGGUAGGGAAAACCAGCUGGAAGAACUGGGAUACUGUGUCUUUAAUGAGUACUCAGGGCCCAUGCCUUCUCCUGCUGAUGUACCCAGUCCUGGGGAUUCUCCACACCAGCACUUCCCUUCCAUGGAGGGUGAAGUAGAGGAAGAGCAUGGUGCCACUGAAGCUGAAUGCAUUCAAAAGGGGAUACAAGAACCAGAUCACAAAGGAAUUGAACCUGAGAUAAGUCAAAAAACAGUUACUGAGAGGAAAGAUCCUCCAGUAAAGAGUACUCUGAUUCUUGAAAAAGCUGUCACAAGUGGAGUAAAACCUGAUCGCCUGAGAAUCCCAAUGACUUCUUCAAAGGACAGGCUGAGUGGCCUGCCGGGUGAGAUAAAGAUUCAUGCAAUCCCUGAGGUAGAAAUUGAAAAAGACCCAUCCAGAGAGGCUUCUCCCAUCCCACCAGACAGUUCCUUUACUUUCAUUCCUACAGAAACUGGAAGCCAAGCUCCCCUGACUCCUACUAGCCCCAAGUCCCUGAAUAAUACACUUUCAGAAAGCCAAAACAUUGGAGAGAAUGUUGGGAAAGAUAUCUUACUAGCACUCAAAACAGAGAAUGAUCCAAAGUCUGAGAGGAUUAAUAAUACACAGUCAGAGUUAGACAAAGAAAUGUCAGUGCCUGAAGAGAAAGUAUCAGAAAAAGUAUGUGAAAAACUAGAAAUGCCAGAUAUAGACAUAGAUUCAGCAUCAUCUCAGUCUCAGAGCACAGAAAAAGAUGACAAGAAGAUUGAAAGUGAGUAUGGGAUACAUGCAAAAAUAGAAGGACAAGAAAAGCAUGAGACCUCAAAAGCUGUUCAAGAUUUCAACACUGAAAGGCCCACUGAUGAGAAAGAUGAUCAGAUUCAGUUACAGGAGGUGACACUGGAAAAAGGGUCACCAAAGCCACAAAUAUCCUCCCCAGUAAUCAUCAUACCUCAAGCACAAAUAGAGGAAGAAGCAGAAGAUGAGGAUGAUAUUGAGUUUGCUGAAGAGCCUCAAGAGAUCAUGGAGAAAGCUGAGGAGCUUUUUUUCUCCAAGACAGAUCAAGCUGAAGUUGGAAAGGAAGAGCAAAAAAAAGAGGAGGUGAGGCUGAUGAUAGGUGAUCAGAUGUUAGAAGAAGAUCCCAAGUCUGGAGCAGAGGAAUGGAGUCAUAGUGCCCUAUACAGUGACAAUGGGGAGCCUGAAACAGACAGUUCACACUUGUCUCCCUGCUCUGACAAUGACCUAUCACAGCCAACAGAGGAAGGAGGCAGAGAUGAAGGGAUGGUAGAUGAUAAAUUAACAGAAAACCCACAAAUAAACCGAACAGAAGGAAAGAAAGAGGGGUGUGAGGGUGUAAAGAAAGACCAAAUAGGAGAGGGGGAAGAGGGUUCUGGUAAGGUACAUGAAGAAAAAGAAGAGAAAGCAAUGGAAGAAAAGGAUGAGGGGGAGGAGAGGACAGAGGAUAAAUACACUGAGGUUGUUCAGGAUGUGGUUGUUCAGGACGUGGAAGAGGUCUCUGAUAUGCUCUGCCAGACCAGUCGGUCAGCUAACGAUGAGACCACCAUGGACGUCUCCAUCCUAGAUACAGACAGUGGCUGGAUGGACUCACAAGAUGACAAAAGUAUCAUGACUGAGCAAAUCGAAGUCCUUCCUCACAUCCAGAGUCCUACCAGUACACCUGUGGUGGUGGACAGACCCGCUAAACGGGCUCUCUGCAGGGGAAGGGGCCACCCUGGCAUCACUGAGAGUAAAGUGUCUCGCAAAGUACCCAGCCACCACCCUACAGAGACAAUGAAGAAGAAAAAAGUAGGCAUGAGGAGGGCUGACCAGAAUAAGGUGUCAGCCCUCCAAACUCGUUCUCCAAAUCGAAAGAUCAUAGCCAAAGCGGCGGCCAGACAUCCUAGGUCUGCUCUGCUUCACGGCUCUGCUAGACGCAAGGCCACAGGUUUAGAAAGCCAUCAGCCCCUCAGUGUGGCCCACCAGUCCAGGGAGAGGACCACUUGUCAACAGAGAACAUUUAGCCCCAUGAGGGCUGUUCUGUUAAAGAUGGCAGUGCAGCGUCGGGGGUCAGAUCAACAGCCCCCCCGCCCCGGCUCUGCCUGUAGCCUUAAAUGGAGCCCCUUGGUGGAGGCAGAGCUCAGCACGGCCCGCCCCUCCUCAGCAUGCUCCCGCUCAUCCCCUCUGCCAAACAAAUGGGCAGAGAAGGAGAAAGCAUACCGCAGCCCAGAGAAUAUACUGUUGAUCCGUACCGAGUCCAGAGCGGACAGCAGGUCUGGAAGAGCCCCUAGUAUGGCAGGUACAGACUCUGCACGUUCCCGAUCAGUCCGUAGUGGUGCCUCCACCCCUGGCGCCAUUACACCCGGCACACCCCCAAGCUACUCCUGCCGCACACCCGGCUCACGGACACCUGGAAGCCACACACCUAAGUCCUUCAGCGUCCUCCAGGAGAAGAAGGUGGCGGUGAUCCGAACCCCGCCCAAGUCUCCAUCCUCUGUCCAGCGGCAGCUGAAGGUUGUCAAUCAGCCCCUGCCUGACUUGAAGAAUGUAAAGUCCAAGAUUGGGUCCACCUCCAACAUCAAGCAUCAGCCAAAAGGUGGACAGGUCCAAAUCCAGACCAAGAAGAUGGACUUGAGUCACGUGACUGCUAAAUGUGGAUCUAUGUCCAACAUUCACCAUAGAGCAGGGGGAGGCAAUGUGCGAAUUGAGAAUGUGAAGCUGGACUUUAAAGACAAGGCACAUGCCAAGGUCGGCUCCCUGGACAAUGCCAGCCACACUCCUGGAGGGGGCAACGUUAUGAUUGAGAGCCACAAACUGACCUUCCGGGAAACAGCCAAAGCCCGGGUGGACCAUGGGGCAGAAAUCAUCAUCACUCACUCUCCCGGGGUGGAGACAGGAGGCACUUCUCCUCGUCUGUCCUCGGCCGGUAGUAUCAACCUUCUGGAGUCACCCCAGCUCUCCACGCUGGCCCAGGAUGUCACUGCUGCCCUGGCCAAGCAAGGCUUAUGAGCUGGCUAUGUGGAGAACCUCAAAAAGAUCCACCAUUACUUUCUUCCCAUCAGUCUUACUCACUCAUAAGCAUCCAGUGUUCUCCCAAAGUCCUUCACUGCAAACCAACCCCCACACAGGUUCUACAGUCCUAGUUGACGGACUACCCUUACAGCCCUUCCAGUAGGAUUUUAGAAAUUGAAUUCUAAAAUUAUGCUUCAUUUGCUCCCUGAAAGGGACAUGCCUAGUCCCUCUAUCUGCUUUUCAUUCACUUGAACAUGGACCUUUUUGUUUUGUUUUAGAUAGGCUAAAUACUAAUGUUUGACUGGAUGUGUUUGUCUAAGAAGACGUUGUGGCUUUUAUGAUUGUAUAGUAAUUUCUGUCAUGAAAAGCAUCACAUUCCUCCACUGUGGGGAUAACUUCAAGGUGAAUUCAUGAUUCAUGUCCAUUCAGAAUUUAUAUGGUACUGAAUUGAAGAUAUAGCAACCUGAUACUAGAUGCUAGUCUUAAAGGUACACCGGUGUGAGAGACUUAACUUAUACAAACAUGGUACGCAACUGUUCCUGCAAAAGAAUGGCUGAUGAGCAUGUCGGCUAAAAUGUGACAUUUAGUGUCAAAUAACAGGAUUUUUUUUUCCCAUUGUUUGGAUUUUAAUGUUGCUUCUUGAUAUUGCUGGACAUUGCUGGAUUGUUGGACAUGUUGUUUUCUCAUUGUUUUCUUGUUUUAUAUGUCAUCAUAGUGGACGCUGUUAGUUUUGUAUGUUCCCUGUGGCCGCACUGGCUUAUUGACACUUCAGUGUAGAUUACCAAUGCGUUAAUGGAGUCAAGUGCUAAAAAACUGGCUUUCCAAUAUAAUUUUUUAUUUCUUUUCUGCAAACCAAUGUGCUGCUCUUUUUUCCUUGGUUUUAGCUCUGUGGAUUUAUUAGGCUACAACACUGCUGUUAUGCAGGCAUGGCAAAUAAAUGAUAAAUAAGUUAGAACUAUUUGGAGCAAUCUUUAACUUUUCAGAGUUAUUAUAAAUGGCCGGGCUGCUUUCUAAUGUCUGUGUUUCAAGGUCAGGUCCAAAAAAGGCUCCUCGUGCUCGUGUGACUUGUCUUCUUUUGCAAAGACUGGGUUGUACAAUGUAUUUGAAAGGGCAAAAGGCCCAAAAGUUGUUAAAGCAGAAAUUAUUUGAUUUGAUUUGAUUUAUUCUUUCAAGCAUGUAAAACCAGUUGAUAUGACAACACACAUAAUUUUACAC